AUAUCUGGAAUCGUUUAAGCGCAUGCGUAAACUGUAGUAUUUCUGUCGCCAUUAGUCAUCAUUAUUAUUGUGUUUUGGUUGUGGUGUUCGAUGUUGGUUAAAUGUCCCUUUAAUAAAUCUUAAAAUAACCGUUUUUUAAUUGCAUGUAUAUAAAACAACGCAAAUCAACAAUUAUUUUCGAUGACAAUUUUUUGUUGUAAAAUUUGACAAUAUCAAACGUCAAAAAUGUCUAAACCCGAAUCCACCAUCGAGAAAGAUCUGCAAGCUCUUGAGUUAGAAUCCGGAUCAGCUGUGCGACAACUUCAACAAGAUCUCCCGAACCCCUUUGAACGUCGUAAACGCUCUAAAUCUUUAAAUUCUUAUCCCUCAUCAUCAUCAUCGACAGUAUCCUCUUGUGGUUGUCGGAAAAGUCUUCCUAAAUUAAGAUCCGUUUCAACAUUUAAACACAACGGGAAAAAGAAAAUACUUCGUGAUCCCGUACUUAAAUUAGUUACAAAGUGUUCUCAUCCGGUGAGUGAAGUAAACAAAUCGACAGUGUGCCCUAAUAUUAAUAGGUUAUUUGGACAAGGGAGCUCUACGAAAAAUGAUCAAGAUUUUAAAACGAUAGUACAGGGUUAUGAACAGUUAAGUUUGGCUAAUGUUACGGAUUUACAAGACUAUUCUCAACCAAGUUUUCAAAGUGCACGAUCACCAUCUGCUUGCUCCUCAUCUUCUUUAAAACAAAACGAACCAGCUGCUAACGUACAAACAAGUUGUUCACAUCAAGCCAGAAUGAGCGCGGUGCCUCCUUGUGAUGUUACUAUCAAUGAAUUGGCUAGUUAUUUUGAGACUUUUAUACAUAUUCCUAAAAAAAUGAGCUCAAUGGCUGAAAUGAUGUAUAUUUAAUGAUUUAUUUAUAAUAAAACGUGCAUUUUGAAUAUAA